AUGACCCACGACGCAGUUUGGUUCUCUCGUCCCAGAAAAUUCGGAAAGGGUUCCCGCCAGUGCCGUCUCUGCGCUCACCAGGCCGGUCUCAUCCGCAAGUACGGUCUCGACCUCUGCAGGCAAUGUUUCCGUGAAAAGUCUGCUGCUAUCGGUUUCGUCAAGAACCGGUGA